AUGUCAGGCCGGGUUACCGUAAGGUAUAUAAGUCGGCCAACUAAUCGACGGUACUUGGUGGCAUCUUUCAGCGGCUUGCCUUCAUCAGGCCUAAGUCUCAGUGUUUGUUCCAUGGGAAAAGGUGAAGGCCGGGCACCUAGCAACCCGGCAUCAUCCAGUAUCUCCAGUGCAUAUUUCCGUUGUGAAAUGAAAAUUCCCUUCUUUGAUCGUGCAACUUCGAUACCCAAGAAGUAUUUGAGAUUUCCCAAAUCCUUGAUGCGAAAGCGAACAUUGAGGAAGUCUUUGAUUGACUGGAUAGCUUUAGGAUCAUCCCCUGUAAUCACAAUAUCAUCUACAUAG